AUGGAAGAAGAGGAAGAUGCACAAACAAAGAAGGAAGAUGCACAAACAAAUGAGGUUGUAAGGGAUAAAAACAAUUAUAGGAAUCUACACUCCAAUGAAGCAGAGAGUGGCAUAGAGGGUGAGUUUAUUGAACCACCAAUUCAAGAAGUUCUUGAUGUAGGGUACACUCCAACCAUCACACAACACCCAAAUUUUGAAAUCAAAGAAGUAAAGGCAACCAAGGAAAGCACUGAAAAGGGGAUUCUCGAACAGGAAGCUGAACGGAAGCGAGAGGCCGAACAAGAUCUUCGGAAAGAAACAAGGAGGCGUCGAGACCUGGAAGACAAGCUCCUCAAACUCGAAGCGGAUCUCAAAACUAAGACUGCUCGACCCAAUCGCGAAGAUAGCCCCCACAGGGACCAAGACCCGUUUACAAAAGAAAUCAUGAAAGCUAAAGUCCCAAAAGACUUUAAAGCUCCCGACAUGACUCUAUAUGAUGGUACGUCUGAUCCGAGCCAUCAUCUCAGCAACUUUAGAAGCCAAAUGUACCUCACAGACGCCUCAGACGCAACUCGUUGCAAAGCCUUCCCGACCACCCUGACUAAGAUGGCAAUAAAGUGGUUCGACAGUAUGCCUCCAAGAUCCAUCGUAAGCUUUGACGACCUUGCUAAAAAGUUCCUCGCCAGGUUCUCCAUCCAGAAGGAUAAAGCUAAGCACGCCCCAAGCUUGUUAGAAAUCGAACAGGGAGAUCGGGAAAGCCUCCAUAGCUAUAUGGAAAGGUUUAAUAAAGCAUGCCUUGACAUACAAAGUCUUCCAAUAGAAGCAGCCAUCAUGGGACUUAUCAAUGGUCUACGAAAAGGACCCUUCAGCCACUCCAUAUCCAAGAAACACCCAACAUCUCUGAACGAGGUACAAGAAUGGGCAGAAAAGUACAUCAAUAUGGAAGAGAACUCCCGCUUGGGAGAGACCUCAAAGACCAAACUCUCCUACCCACCUCGGGACAAGGACAAAGAGCACAGGAAAAAAGAGGAUCAACCUACUGAGAAGCCCAGAAAGUACCACAAUUACACCCCUCUUCGGGUGUCCCCUGUAGAUGUUUACCAAGAAGUGUGUAACACUGAAAAGAUCCCACGCCCUCGCCCAAUUAAACACAAAAGAGGAGGAAGUCAGACAGAAUACUGCGAAUACCACCGAAUCUAUGGGCACACUACCAAUGAAUGUUACGACCUGAAGAAUGUCAUAGAAAAACUAGCCCGAAAAGGAAGAGUAGAUAGGUUCAUAGCCAAUAAGGUGGACGAACCAAAAAAGAGAAGGAGGGAUGAAGAGGGUAGACGAGCUGAACGCCCCCCUCACACCCCUGAAAGACAUGUUCACAUGAUAAAUAGAGAAUUCGAAGGAGGAGGGAUCUCUAAGUCAUCCCGCAAAAGACACCUUAAGGAAGUUUAUCAUGUCGGAGAAUCAGAUAGGUCGUUCGACCUCCCCACUAUUACCUUCAAUCAAGAAGACGCCACAGGUGUCAUCUCAGGGCAUGAUGAUCCCGUAGUCGUUAUCAUCAUACUUGCCAAUGCCAAUCUACAUCGAACAUUGGAGCUCAAAGCGUAUCCUAAUAGCCUAUUUGGGCUCGGCGACGCCCCAAUCCAGCCACUUGGGUACAUCCCAUUGCACACGACCUUUGUUAAAGGAACACGGUCUAGAACGCUAAGCAUAGACUACAUUGUAGUCAAUGUAAGCUCUGCAUACAACGCCCUCAUAGGUCAGACAACGCUAAAUCAGCUCACCGCAGUAGUCUCCACUCCGCACUUAUGCAUGAAGUUUCCAACUCCGGAAGGAAUUGUUACAAUAAAGGGAGACCAAAAACUUGCACGAUGUUGUUACAACGAAAGUAUGAACCUUAAAAGUGAACCCAGAGGAAAGGAAACCAGUGCUAUAGAACUCGGGGGAAUCCGAGUUUGCGAAGAACUCCGCCCUCAACCGGAAGGUGAGACUGAAGAAGUUCAAAUCGGAGACACUCAAGAAAAAACAAUAAACAUAGGGAUGAAUCUAAAAGGAGACCUAAAGGAGCUACUGACAAAGCUCCUAAAGGAUAAUUCCGACCUCUUCGCAUGGAAGGCCGCGGACAUGCCUGGCAUCAAUUCUGGCCUAAUGUGCCAUAAAUUGGCAGUAUACCCCGGAUCUCGGCCAGUACAAUAG